AAAAAGAAAAGGUGAAAAUCAUUAACAGCUUCCCGCACAUCGAAGUCUCCCGAGUUCCAAAAUCAGGGGUUCGCUUAUACAGGGACACCAACAAAUCAUAGUUCGUUGGAUGUUCUAAAUCUCAACUCUCAAGGAAGGAGAAAACCCUCUUCCUUUUACUCCUCCCUAAUCAAUCGUAGCUGGUAAUUUUUCGAUCAAAUUAAGGGGGUAGUUCGAAAUCUGAAGCAAGUUGAAACAAUGGUUGAAGCCAAGUUUUUGGGGCUGGACUUUAGCUGCGCUUUGGGAUCGCUCGUCAAUGGAGAAAUCCCAGAAAAGGACUGUUUACUUCCCUUGAUUUCGAAGGUUUUGGGAUACUGUAUAGUACUCGCCUCCACCACUGUCAAACUCCCUCAGAUACUUAAAAUCAUUUCUCAUCGGAGUGUGAGAGGUCUUAGUGUCGUAGCCUUUGAACUUGAAGUAAUUGGCUAUACAAUUGCCCUGGCGUAUUGUCUUCACAAAGGGCUUCCAUUUUCAGCUUAUGGGGAGUUAUUUUUCCUUUUGAUACAAGCUAUAAUAUUGGUUGCUGUCAUCUACUAUUUUUCUCAACCUGUCGGAACCAAGACAUGGAUCAGAGCACUAGUGUAUUGUGCUGUAGCGCCAACUCUUUUGGCUGGUCAAAUUGAUCCCAUGCUUUUUGAAGCUCUAUAUGCAUCGCAGCACGCAAUUUUCUUCUUUGCCAGGGUCCCACAAAUUGUGGAGAAUUUUAAGAACGGCAGCACUGGGGAGCUCAGCUUUUUGACUUCUUUGAUGAAUUUUGGCGGUUCAUUAGUUAGAGUUUUUACAAGCCUCCAGGAAAAGGCUCCAAUGAGUGUUGUUCUGGGCUCAGCCAUUGGUGUUGCGACCAAUGGUGCCAUUCUAAGUCAGAUAAUCAUAUACUGGAAUGCUCAACCAAAGAAAGAUAAGAAAACGGACUAGAAGAUGUGGCCCUUCCAGAAUUCCAGCCUUACUUCAAUUACUUGUUUAUCAACUAGAGUUUAUUGUUACAGUCAUCUUUUACGGUUUGAAAAGGUAGCAUACCCUUAAAUGUUAUUCAUUUCAAAUAGAAAACAAGGUAGCAUACCCUAAAAGUGUUAUUCUUCCUAACAUGAUCAAAAUGUGAUUUUUGCUUAUACAGAUAAGUUACCGAUACAUGAUAUUCUGUAAGAAGCUGACAAAAUAUCCUAAAUAGAUUGCGUUAUAAUACACUUGCUUGCCAUCGAG